UCUCAAACGGCACACAUGUCAUCUUCCUUAUGGACCCACCACACACCCUCUUCCCAAAUGUGAUCCUUUCCUGUUUCCCUCAUUUCUUUAUUGGAUUCGUACUUGGCCCAGGGUCAUUACUGCCUUUAUAUAUGUUGCGUCAUUCGUACAAUUCUAGCCACACUGGUACUGCACUCCCAAGUGUUUGAUAUAUUGCCCUAACGAAAAUUGAGAGGGCCAGCUUUUCUGCGUUCUGAGUUGCAUUCUUGAUUCCCUACCGACUACUAAGGUGGAGUUUUGAGGCUGAAGGAAAUCGAAAAUGGUUGCGGAGUCGGUUGCCCUUGACGUGAUCAACAAGGAAACUGUUGAUCUGGAGAAUGUUUCCCUGAAAGAAGUUUUUGACCAUCUUAAAUGCACAAAAGAUGGUUUAAGCUCUGAUGAAGUUAAAGACCGGUUGGAUUCAUUUGGUUACAAUAAGCUUGAAGAAAAGAAGGAAAGCAAAUUAUUAAAGUUUUUGGGGUUUAUGUGGAAUCCUCUAUCCUGGGUCAUGGAAGCUGCAGCUAUCAUAGCCAUUGUUUUUACCCAAGGAGGGAAAAAAGAUGCUGAUUAUCAUGAUUUUGUUGGCAUCAUCGUCCUACUUAUUAUCAAUUCCACCAUCAGUUUUAUAGAGGAAAACAAUGCAGGCAAUGCUGCUGCUGCUCUUAUGGCUCGGUUGGCCCCAAAAGCAAAGGUCUUGCGUGAUGGAAAAUGGAGUGAAGAAGAUGCUGCUAUAUUGGUUCCUGGAGACAUAAUUAGCAUCAAACUUGGUGAUAUUGUUCCAGCUGAUGCACGUCUUCUUCUUGAAGGAGAUCCUCUGAAGAUUGAUCAGUCUGCUCUUACUGGAGAAUCACUUCCAGUGACCAAAAAUCCUGGUGAUGGGGUUUACUCAGGAUCAACAUGUAAACAAGGAGAAAUUGAAGCAGUUGUUAUUGCAACUGGUGUCCACACUUUUUUUGGAAAGGCAGCUCACCUUGUGGAGAACACAACACAUGUUGGCCAUUUCCAGCAGGUUUUAACAUCAAUUGGAAACUUCUGCAUUUGUUCAAUUGCUGUUGGGAUGGUGAUCGAAAUCAUAGUAAUAUAUGGAAUUCAUGGAAGGGAGUACCGUGUUGGUAUUGAUAACCUACUUGUCCUCCUAAUUGGUGGCAUCCCUAUUGCUAUGCCAACUGUUCUUUCUGUUACAAUGGCAAUUGGUUCACAUCGCUUGUCCCAGCAGGGUGCCAUAACCAAGAGAAUGACAGCCAUUGAAGAAAUGGCAGGAAUGGAUGUGCUAUGCAGCGAUAAAACAGGGACACUUACACUUAACAAGCUCACAGUAGACAAAAAUAUGAUUGAGGUUUUUGCCAAAGGUGUUGACAAGGAUCAGGUUAUACUUAUGGCUGCAAGAGCAUCAAGGUUAGAGAAUCAAGAUGCCAUUGAUACAGCAAUAGUUUCGAUGCUUUCAGACCCUAAAGAGGCACGAGCUGGAAUCAAAGAAAUUCACUUUCUUCCAUUCAAUCCUACCGAUAAAAGGACUGCACUUACGUAUAUUGAUGGUGCUGGUAAAAUGCACAGAGUCAGUAAAGGUGCACCAGAGCAGAUUAUUAAUCUGGCCCAUAACAAAUCACAAAUUGAAAAGAAGGUACAUACAAUGAUCGACAAGUUUGCAGAACGUGGACUACGAUCCCUUGGUGUUGCUCGCCAGGAAGUACCUGCUGGAACAAAAGACAGUCCAGGUGGCCCCUGGGAAUUCGUUGGCCUUCUCCCCCUCUUUGACCCUCCCCGCCAUGAUAGUGCUGAAACAAUCAGAAGAGCUCUGGAACUUGGUGUCAGUGUUAAAAUGAUCACAGGGGACCAACUUGCAAUUGGUAAGGAAACAGGAAGGCGACUUGGGAUGGGCACAAACAUGUAUCCUUCUUCAGCUCUUCUUGGUGAAAGUAAGGAUGGGGAUCUUGCUACUAUCCCCAUUGAUGAACUCAUUGAAAAGGCUGACGGUUUUGCUGGUGUUUUUCCUGAGCAUAAAUACGAGAUUGUGAAGAGAUUGCAAGCUCGAAAGCACAUCUGUGGAAUGACUGGUGAUGGAGUGAAUGAUGCUCCAGCCUUGAAGAAAGCUGACAUAGGAAUUGCUGUAGCAGAUUCGACAGAUGCUGCCCGCAGUGCUUCUGAUAUUGUUUUAACAGAACCUGGGUUGAGUGUAAUCAUUAGUGCUGUGCUAACAAGCCGUGCAAUUUUCCAGAGAAUGAAAAACUAUACGAUAUAUGCCGUCUCAAUCACCAUACGUAUUGUGCUAGGGUUUAUGUUGCUGGCUGUCUUCUGGAAAUUUGACUUCCCUCCUUUCAUGGUUCUUGUCAUUGCUGUUCUUAACGAUGGUACUAUCAUGACCAUAUCUAAAGAUAGGGUCAAGCCAUCUCCAUUUCCCGACAGUUGGAAGCUCAGUGAAAUUUUUGUAACUGGGGUUGCCCUUGGUAGUUACUUGGCACUGAUGACUGUUAUAUUCUUCUGGGCAGCCUAUGAAACCAAUUUCUUUCACAAACAUUUUGGUGUGGAAAACUUCAAUCAACAUAAUCUUGAUAUGAAAAAUCCUUCUAUUUCUACUCCAGUAAAAGAGAAGUUGUCUUCUGCUUUGUAUCUCCAAAUCAGUACCAUCAGCCAGGCGUUAAUAUUUGUUACUCGCUCCAGGGGAUGGUCCUUCACAGAAAGACCAGGCCUUUUGCUUGUAGUAGCCUUCAUCAUUGCUCAACUGAUUGCUACAGUACUAUCUGCCACUGCCAACUGGGAAUUUACAAAUAUCAGAAGCAUCGGUUGGGGUUGGACUGGUGUUAUUUGGUUGUUUAACAUUGCCACUUACAUGCUACUUGAUCCUAUCAAAUUUGCUGUCCGCUACGCACUCAGUGGACAGGCAUGGGGUUUAGUAGUAGACCAAAGAACUGCAUUUACUAGCAAAAAGGAUUUUGGAAAGGAAUCUCGCGAGGCUGCAUGGGCAGCUGAACAGCGAACGCUACAUGGACUGCAAUCUGGUGAAGGGAAAAUAUUUUCAGAGAAGAGCACUUUUAGGGACAUUAAUCUCAUGGCAGAAGAAGCUAAAAGGCGCGCAGAGAUUGCAAGGAUGAGGGAGCUUCACACUCUCAAAGGCAAGGUGGAAUCAUUCGCAAGGCUUAAGGGUUUGGAUAUUGAUGCCAUGAACCAAAACUACACUGUCUAACUUUGUAUUCUCCUUUAUACCUAUACAUAUAUCUUUUUUUGUGUUUUCGUCAACAUAUACCAUGUCCUAGCAGGAUUUAAUCAAAUUUAUUUAUUUUAAUUCAUUAUGUUACUUUUACAUGAAAAGUCAGAUGGAAUUGCUCUUAACAUAUGCCUCUUUGAUCUCAUG